AUGCUUGCUAUAAUGCCCGGGUUUCCUCGAACCCGCGAGUCAUCGAGAAAUUUCGACGAAGAAUCAGUUUUUUCAAGUUCUCUUCCUGAUGCGUUUUUGGUGGAAAAGGUUUUCUUGAGCCUGAGGCAAGGAACUCUCAAUUCACUGAGCAAUUACUUUUCCCGUUCUUCAGACCCAUCAGUUGUGGUUGAAGUUCUUUAUCGAUGUCGCGACAACUUGGGUCUGGGUCAGAAGUUUGUCGAUACAAUUAUGGUAAAUUGUCCCAACUUUAAGCACUCAUCCCUCUCGUUGAGUGCAAUGAUUCACAUUUUGGUGCGUUGUAGGAAGCUGCCAGAAGCGCAGGCUUUGAUUCUUAGAAUGAUAAGAAGGAGUGGUGCUUCACGUGUUGAUAUUGUUGAGUCCUUGGUUUCAACGUAUGUCAACUGUGGUUCCAAUUCUUUUGUUUUUGAUUUGUUGAUAAGGACUUUUGUCCAGGCGAGGAAAUUAAGAGAAGGGGGUGAGGCAUUUCGUUUGUUGAGAAGUAAGGGAAUUUGCAUUUCUAUAAAUGCUUGUAAUGCUCUUCUUGGUGCUCUUGUGAACGUUGGUUGGAUGGAUUUGGCAUGGAAUAUUUAUGAAGAUAUUGUGAGAAGUGGGACACAGAUGAAUGUAUAUACUCUAAAUAUUAUGGUUAAUGCUUUGUGCAAAGAUUGCAGAAUGGACGAAGUUAAACUUUUCUUGACAAACAUAGAGGAUAAGGGGCUUUUUCCGGACACUGUAACAUACAAUACUCUAAUCAGUGCACAUUGUCGUGAGGGGCUUGUAGAAGAGGCCUUUGAAUUAAUGAACUCAAUGAAGCUUAAGGGGUUGAAACCUGGCCUUUUUACUUAUAAUGCCAUUAUCAAUGGCUUAUGUAAGAAUGGAAACUAUGCGAGAGCAAAGGAACUUUUCUAUGAGAUGUUGAAGAUGGGAUUGACUCCUGAUACUGCCACUUUUAAUACAUUGCUUACCGAAAGUUGUAAAAAGAAUAAUAUUUGUGAAGCUGAAAAGAUUUUUAAGGAAAUGUCACAUCAUGGAGUUGUUCCAGAUUUAUUUAGCUUUAGCUCACUUAUAGGAUGGUUCUCCAGGAAUGGAUACUUUGACCAGGCCUUAGUGUAUUUUAAGCAAAUGAAGGAUGUUGGGUUGGUUCCUGACACUGUUAUAUAUACUAUUCUUAUAGACGGGUAUUGUAGAAAUGCCAAAAUGUCUGAGGCUCUGAAGAUGCGAAAUGAGAUGGCAGAGCAGGGCUGUCUUAUGGAUGUGGUUACAUACAAUGCUAUAUUGAAUGGAUUGUGUAGGGAAAAUAUGCUUGUUGAUGCUGAUAAGCUAUAUAAGGAGAUGGUGGAAAGGGGGAUUUUUCCUGAUUUUUUCACCCUCACCACUCUCAUUCAUGGCUAUUGUAAAAAUGGGAACAUGUCAAGAGCGGUUAAUUUGUUUGAGACUAUGACCCAAAGGAACCUUAAGCCUGAUGCUGUGACAUAUAAUACACUGAUGGACGGCUUCUGCAAAAUAGGUGAAAUGGAAAAAGCAAAGGAGUUGUGGCAUGACAUGAUAUGCAGAGAAAUUUUGCCUAACCACAUAUCUUUUAGCAUUUUGAUAAAUGGAUACAGCAGUUUAGGUCUUGUGUCUGAAGCAUUUAGGCUGUGGGAUGAAAUGGUAGAGAAGGGUAUAAAACCCACCCUGGUUAAUUGCAACACCAUUAUAAAAGGCUAUUGUCGGUCUGGUAAUGUGUCAAAGGCAAGUGAAUUUUUGAACAAGAUGAUUUUGGAAGGUGUUUUACCUGACUGUAUCACAUACAAUACUCUAAUAAAUGGCUUUUUAAGGGAAGAUAAUUUGGACAAAGCUUUCAUUUUCAUUAAUGGCAUGGAAAAACAAGGGAUACUGCCUGAUGUUAUCACAUACAAUGCAAUUCUUAGUGGAUAUUGCAGGCAAGGCAAAAUGCAAGCGGCUGAGAUGCUUUUGCGUAAGAUGAUUGACAAAGGUGUCAAUCCUAACAGAUCAACGUACACAGCAUUGAUAAAUGGGCAUGUCUCUCAGAACAACCUGAAAGAGGCAUUCCGCUUCCAUGAAGAGAUGCUGCAAAGAGGAUUUGUUCCGGAUGACAAAUUCUAAGCUCUUUGUGGUAGCAGCUAUUCAGACAUUUUAGCAUCUUGUUUUACAUCCCAUAUAUGGAGGUCUAAAAAUGACCAGAGAAUAUUACCGAGGGAAGGAGAAUUGGACUUUGCCCAAUAUAGAGAAAGGAGAAUGAGAUGCAGUGGUGGACUAUGCUGUGGCAUCACGAAGGAAGCUCUGGCAGCUCUCUUUGCAACUUUUUCCUUUUUUUCUUUCAAUGUACGCCAGCCACUAAAUCACCGAUAUGCACCACUUCAUCCAAUUUCAUUGCAGCAAGGAAUGGGGGCUUUUGGGUUGUGGGUUUGAAGAUCGAAGCCCUCAAGAAGUUUGAGUGCUUUUUGGGCUCUCAAUCAUAGCCUGCUCACUAAUCGUGAGUUGAAGGUGGGGUGCUACAAAUAGCUGCGCUAGGUGUGUGAAAAAUGACAAUACCCUUUUGGUCAGCGAUGCUUUGAAUCAUUUAGAGAUAAAGAAAGGAGAGAGGCGCCGGAGGGAGAGAAGAUUGAUGAGUGGGUAAAAAAAAUUGCCACGUGGAAUUUGGUGCCACAAAGGCGUUGAAUGGAGUGGAGCUAACAUAUCGGACUGAAGGACAACUCGACAAUGUGAAGAAAGUUAAUUAUGGCAAUUUUCUUAAUAAAUGUUAUAGGACCAUGUUGAAAUUAUGAAUGUUUUAGGGAUAAAAUUGAUGAAAUAAAAUUAAGGAAAAGAGGGAAUACAUGAGACGAUGAAGUGGUGUCAUCCUGAAGAUAAAGUUGGGGGAUGAAAUGUUAGAAAAAGGGAUAUCAGAUAUGACAUCUAAGGCUAUGAGGCUGGUUUUAGCAGGAUGUUCAUUCAUCAAAUGAGGAGCAGAGUAUACCACUUCCCUUACACCACUUCCCUCGGUUUGUCUCAGUGGACGUGUUGAGGUGUUGAAGAAAUUGAUGUUGCCAGGAGCUAAUGUUGUGUUCUACUCCUUCGAUCCUAAAUGUGAGAUUUAUUUUGCAACAGCCAUAAAUGAAUAAUCAAAUUAACAAUGCUAAUGCUCAGUCAUGAGCGAGACUCCAGUGGAUGAAGCAGUGAGGAGGAGAAAGCUACAAGUGAUGGAUGCUAUUAACGAAGCGGCAACACAUGCUAUACUUACUGGAACCGGGGUUUUUGCAUAAGAAACUUAUUAUAAUUAGCUUGUUUCUGGAAACUUAGUUGUUUUUCGACAAUAUUUAAUUGAUCAUGUUUAUGAUAUGUGUGCCUUUAUUUUUA